UUUCCCAAUAAAUUAAAGCACAUCUUAAAAAAGAUAUCGAAGUAUCAGCUCUGCCUCAUCUCUCUCUCUCCCUCCCUUUCAUUCUGAAACAGAUGAAGUAGAGAAGUUAAUGUUCACCAAACUUACUGUAAGGCCUGAAACUUUCUUUCUUCUUCUUCUUUGCUUCAUUCAAGUACGUCUCUGCUUUUGCCUUCUCUGUUUCUAAAUCUUCUCUCUGCAUAUAUGCCUUCCAUGAAAAAUAUCUAAUAAAAAGUCUUUUCACUUCAGCUAUUGUUACUGUUUUCUCAGAUAAUAUCAAAAUUUCAAGAACCAGAGUAGUUGUUGCAGAUCUAGUGAGAUAAAGUUUAACCAAUUGAAGGAAAAAAUGAGUAAAGAAGAGUUUAUGAAGAUACAGACUUGUGUUCUAAAAGUGAACAUUCACUGUGAUGGUUGCAAGCAAAAAGUUAAGAAAAUCUUGCAGAAAAUUGAAGGUGUUUUCACGACAAAGAUAGACGCAGAGCAAGGGAAAGUGACGGUAUCUGGAAAUGUAGACCCCUCUGUUCUUAUCAAGAAGCUCUUGAAAUCUGGUAAACAUGCCGAAAUCUGGGGAGCUCCAAAGGGAAAUAACACCAUUCAGAACCAACCCAACUUGGCCAAUCAGUUCAAAGGCAUGCAGAUUGACCACGGCGGCAAAGGCGGUGGUGGUAAUGGGGGUGGAAACAAUAACAAAGUCCAGAAGGGAGGCGGUGGUGGUGGUGGUGGACCGCCACCGAAGAUGGGUGGUGGUGGAGGAGGUGGUGGACCGCCAAUGAAGAUGAGUGGUGGAGGAGGUGGUGGUGGGCCGCCAAUGAAGAUGGGUGGUGGUGGUGGAGGAGGUGGUGCGCCGCCAAUGAAGAUGGGUGGUGGUGGGCCGCCAAUGAAGAUGGGACUUCCACAGUUAACUCCACAACAGAUGCAGCAGCUGAAUCCACAGCAACUGCAGCAGCUUCAACAGCUUCAGCAGAUGAAAGGGUUUCAAGAUCUGAAGCUGCCUCCUCAGAUGAAGGGUCCAGGCCCUGGCUCUGUUCCUGUGAACAAGAAUCCUCAGAAUCCUAAUCAGAAGGCUGUGAAGUUUGACGUUCCUGAAGAUGAUGAUGAUGACGAUUUCAGUGAUGAUGAAUUCGAUGAUGAUGAGUUUGAUGAAGACGACGAGUUUGAUGAUGAUGAUUUGGAGGAUGAUGAGUUUGACGAUCACCCUCCUCCUCCUAACAAGAUGAAGCCUAUGAUGGGUGGUGGACCUGGUGGUAACAUGAUGAUGCCUAAUAACAUGAUGCCUAACAUGAUGAUGCCUAACGCUCAACAAAUGUUAAACGCUCACAAAAACGGCGGUGGUCCUGGACCCGCCGGUGGUAAGAUUGUGGGUAAAGGAGGCCCCGGUGGUGUUCCUUUUCCUGUUCAAAUGCCUAGCGGUGGUGGAGGUAAUGGUGGUAAGAAGGGAGGUCCCGGUGGAGGUGGUGGGGGUAAUGUGGGGAAUCCAAAUCAAAACGGUGGUAAAAGCGGCGGCGGUGGUGGUGGACAGUUUGAUGGAAAAAAUGGGGGAGGUGGUGGUGGUCCUAACGGUAAUAAAGGUGGUGGCGGAGGCCAGAUGAUCGGUGGUCCCAACGGAGGCAAAAAGGGUGGUGCUGGCGGUGGAGGUGGCGGCGGAGGACUCCCACCAGGUUUCCGGCCAAUGGGAGGCGGCAAUGGAGGUGGACCUCCGACCAUGAGUAUGCCAAUGGGUGGGGCAAUGGCUGGUCCAAUUGGUAAUCUACCAUCAAUGGGUGGUGGUGGUCCUGGUGCAAUGGGAAAUAAUAAUAUGCAGGCGGUUCAAGGAUUACCCGCAAUGGGUCCAGGAGGUGGCGGCGGCCCAUCCGUAGGAGCCCCGCCAGGAUAUUUCCAAGGCCAUGGAAGCAACGGUGGUGGCCAAGACUCAGUGCCUGGAAAUCCCUACUUGCAACAGCAGCAGCAACAACAACAACAACAAUACUUGGCGGCAGUUAUGAACCAGCAACGAGCCAUGGGCAACGAACGGUUCCAGCCGAUGAUGUACGCUCGACCACCUCCCGCUGUCAACUACUUGCCACCUGAACCGUACCAACAACAUCCGUACCCGUAUCCGUAUCCAUACCAAUAUCCGCCUCAUGGUGGUGAUCAGUAUUCUCAUUACUUCAAUGAUGAGAAUACAUCAAGCUGCAACAUCAUGUGAGCAAACGAAAAAACAAAACAACAUCAAAAGUUGCCAUAGUUUGUGUAUCCGUCUGGUCUGUGAUUAUACAUGGAAAUGAGGGGGUUUUUCUUAAUGGUUUAAGGGUUCUUACAAUCCUUCUUCUAAACUCCAACGGAUCAAAUCCUAAGUUAUAUUAGGGUUUUCCUUUUCUUUUUAAUUUGUGAUAGUUCUUAAGUAACUUAUAGAAUCAUAAUAUAAAAUCAAACGAAUAUUUUAUAUUGCAAGUUUUGUCUAGGUUCUUACUUUCUUAACGAGAGCCUAGUGUUCA